GUGGUGGUGUUGAACAUUGCUCUGUGCUCUCUGUGUCUGUCAUCAGCCAGAGAGGAAGGAGGAUGAGGAAGUGGCUGCUGGAGAUCUGUGGACUUGGAGAUGUAGCUAGACCUCCAGCAGCAGCUGUCAGGACAUUAACUAGCUAGGCAGCUAGAUAACAGUACUAUCUGACAAUGCGAUGGGUAACUGCUGGGCAUACUGUGUGGGGCUCUUCAGGAGAGAAGCCAGCCGGAUCCAGAGAGGAGGCGGGUCAAAAUACUUCCGAAGCAGUACCACAGGGGAACAUUACACAAUAGAGUUUGAAAAUCUGGUAGAGAGCGAUGAGGCUGAGAGCCCACAGCCUUGCCCGAGGCCCAUCAGCGAGGAUGAGAUCAAGCAUCUCAAAGAGCACCGCUACACUGCGCUGUCAGACAGGCAGAUCCUCAUAGACGAGAAGCUACAAGUGGAGUUAGAGGCACAAGAGGAGAAAUUGAGGCUAGAAGAGGAGGCUAGAAAUGCCGCCCAGCGCGAGGCCGCCAGGUUGGCGCGUGAACGAAAGUUGAAGGAGCAGCUGUCUGCCCAGAGGACACGGGGGAAAGCAGAUGGCUCCGGCGGUGAAACUCAGCAAAGAAAACCAAACUCUGGGGAGGAUUUUGACGUCUACCUCCAGAAUAUAAAAGCCCAGUCGGAUGCUUUCAGGGGCAACAGACUGCCAUCCGACACGAACGUGGUGACUCCCAACACAGAGUGCAGCUGGGACUUCACCACCAAGACCCGCUCCACCAACGAUGACGGGACCUCGCUGGAUCUAGAGUGGGAAGACGAGGAAGGAAUCAAUCGUGCUCUUCCAGCCUGGGAGAGGUCUCGGACGGAGGAGGACAUCCUGCGCGCAGCCCUGAGGCCCGGCGCCAAGCAGUUGAACAGCGGGCCGACCUCGGCCUCCGAGGACUCCAACGCGCUGGAGUGGGAGAACGAUUUCGUGAGUACCAACCCAGAGGACAAUGCAGACACUGAAUUUGAAGGGUUUGUCAAUCCCGUCCUAGACACUCCCUCUGAGGACGCCUCGGACUCUGGCCUCAGGUUGGACAACCAGGACAGAUAGUGUCCAGCACCAAAGGACACGUGUUCUCUUCAUGUCAGAGCUCACCAGCUUUUUGCCUCAUGAAAUGGAAAUUUACUCUUCAUAUUCUGAGACUCUGAUGCUGCUGGAUAGGUUGUGUAUCUCUGCACUACAGUACAGUGUAGUGAUGUUUUAAUCAAAUACUCAUUUUUCAGUGCCUUCAUUUGCCAUGUUAGCCGACCAUUUAUGCAUUGUAACUUCAACAGAUCAGUUACCAUUUGACACAUUGUUCAGUAAGUGCUUAUUUUCAAUGCACAGUGCCCAGGUGGUCAUACAGAAAAUGCCAAGAUACUCUGAAGUGAAACUUUAUAAAAGCAGAUGGCAGCAGACAGUCACAGUGCAGUGCCUGGUCAGUAUUCCAGCAUGUCUUUCGGUGUGUGAGCAUCAACAAACAGAACAAGUCCUCUCUCAGCCUUGAGUGUCUCACCUUUCUCACCCUUUCAGCUCUGCCCUUCAGUUUUAUAAAGUUGUUGCAUGAUGGCAAAAAAAGGAACCAAAUUCCAUAUAAAGGAAUAAAUAUUAGACUAAAUCAUUUUGAUGAAUCAGUGUAAUGAUCAGGGGGGUCGUUUCUUCAUUCGCUUAGGGGUGGUGAUGGGUUAUUAUCAUCAUCUGAAUCAUUUCAGUCAUACUUUUGUAUGAAUUCUCUCACUGAUUGGUUGACAGUGAUCUAAACCUGUGUGCACAGCAUGUCAUCAAGCAGCAGCACCCUCAAAUAAGGCAUGGAUGUGGUGAUAUGCCAUCAGUGCAUGCACUCUGACAAGAAAAUGACCUCCACUCCUGUCAGGCAGGCCUAAGAGUGAUGUUGUCAAUAUGGGACCUAUCAAAUGUAAAACUGCAUAACUGUAAUGUGCAUUUUCUGAUAUUUGAAUAGAUCAACAAAUGGGGCAUCUAUGAGACAUGAGUCAAAUGAGAUAUUUACAUUCAAAACGGCUUUCAUAUCUGAUUAAAUAUGUCAAUCUUUCAGGGGUAACAGCCUCGUGUUCACAAAAUAAAAAUAAAUAAGACCAAUAUGCUCAGUAGUUUUAUGUUUCUAAAUAUGCACAUGUCCAUUAAUGAACAUCUGCCAACAAGAAACCUUUUCUAAAACUAUAUAAUUAAGCACAUAAAAUGACUCCUCUUCAGAGGCCCAUUGGUCCAUCAUAGGACAUCUGGGUUUUAAACUGCCGAUUUUCUUUAUUUUUGACACUUCCAUUUUAUUAGAAGAUCUUUUUUAUGUCAAAUACAAUAGCACAGAAUAGCAACAUCAUUGCCAGGCACUAUGACGUCAACAACAUCCACACCACAAACACAUUAUGGAUUAUUAAGGACAGCAGGUCUUUAUGCAUCUUUACAUUAUUUGCAUACAAUUAUCCAUGAUUGGCAAAGCAUUCAGCAGACCACAAGCCACGUUCCUUAUUCCAACAAAUAUAUGAUAUAAAUUGGCCUUUUUUCAUAGACGACCAGCUUCUAAACGGCAUAUUUUGAAAUACCAGUCAUUCUCAUCAACUGGUUCUCUGGAUCCUUGUUCCCACAACAGCCUGGAGAGUAUACAACUAUAUAGAAAUGGAAAAGUCCUCACAUUUAAAGGGGACAUAUCACUUUACUUUUUCAGUUCCUUUGCAUACACAUCGGCGGUCUUGAGUGCCUACCAACCCACAAACUGUGAAAUAAAACAACCCAGUCAGUUUUUUGUGGGCUUUCUAUAUCAGAAAACGUCUGAUUCAACAAGCCAAUCAGAUUUGGCACCACUUAAUAUGUCACAUGCAGGCUCAUUAAAAUAUACCGUCCCGCAUUUGUGUGUUUCCAACCACAGCUUGAGAACUACCUUUGCAAAGAUGCAUCAUAGUUUUCUCGUAAACCAAUCAGAGCAGAUUGGGCUUUUUCAGGAGGGGGCCUUAAAGAGACAGGCGCUAAAACGGAGUGUUUCAGCCAGAGGGUGAACGCAGGUAUAUUCAGACAGACAGUAUGAGGAAAAUAAUGUGUUUUUUGAACAUUAAAGCAUGUAAACAUGUUCGAGUAGAAACACAAUUUACAAGCAUGAACCUAAAAAUGAGCAUAAUAUGUCCCCUUUAAAAAGCUGCAAUAAGCUAUGUUAUAUAUUGGUAGCACUAAUUCUGGCUGUUAUUCUCGAUCAUUGUCACAAAUCGAAACAACUGGGUUAAAGCUAAAUUAUUAAACUGUUAAUGUGGAUAAUGACUCAAAUACCAGGGAAUAACUGCAGAAUAUACAACUUAGGUUGGACAUAACAGGAGACAAUCUUCACUAAAAACACAAAUCUACCAAAAUUUAUCAGCUUAAAAAAAAGGCAGAUUUCUGAUUGGUUGCUGGCAUUUGGUGUUCUGUAUGUAUUCAGGAGACAAAUCAUUUUUAAGUGUAAUGACUUUUUAUUUAAUCUGAUAUGAAAUCCAAACCAGUUACUCUGAACUAAAAACAUUCAUAAAUCCAUAAUCCAAUUGUUGUUUACUGCUUAUAAUGAAAGCAAUAUUUAGUGUGAGUCUGGAUGAAAAAAGAUCAAGGUCACUUUGUCAUGAACCUAUAAUAGAUCCAACGCUGCUCUCCCAAGGAAUCUGUUGUAUACAAUAUUUAUAUCCUAAUAUUUCAUUUAUUUUUGAUUGUGUUUCACAUUGAUUAUUCAAUCUGUUUGAAUCAAAAGUAGCUCACUGAUUGCACUCCAGCGUGUGGAUUUGUAAUUUGAUGUUAGCAGCUCUUAGAAGACAUUCACUGAAAUGAGUCACGUGUGUGAAGAGGAAACUGAUCUGAGCACUGCUGUUGAAGUGUGUAGACGAGACACGGGUUGAUUUGCAAGACAAUUUCCUCCUUAAUAUUUGAGUGUGUAAUUUUAAAAUAGUCUUGUUUUGAACACAUUUCUAUAUUAUGUUUUACUGUGAUAUUUCUGAUUAAUCACUGCAACUUUCUGUAAAAACAAACUGUAAUUUAACAUUCCUUGUCACACUGAGCCUGAGAGAAAAAAAUAAAAUGUAGAAAAAUGUA